AUGGCAAGCAUCAUUGCGACCGCAGCUACGCCAGUCGGUGCCGCGGCUGAGAUCCAGCCCGUGUCGAACUUUCCUCAGCACGACGAAGAAAAGGCUCGUCGGGCUGCUGCAAAUGGGGAGCAUGGAACAAGUAAUGACAGCCCAUCUACCAUUUCUGACAACGUUUACGCCGUGCAACGAUGGAACUCACCCCCGAUUAACACGUAUCGAACCGCUGCAACGUUCUGGUCGUUUGUCGUGGUAGGAAUGAACGAUGGCUCUUAUGGUGUAAGUCCGAGACUUCCAUCUUUGAUCCCUAAACUCUACCUUAUGAAGAUCAAAUUACUCACAAGUCAGGCUUUGGUUCCUCUGCUAGAAACUUACUAUGAUUUGAACCAUACCGUGGUUUCCCUAAUCUUUCUUUCUCCCUUUGUAGGAUAUGCCAUUGCAUCUGCAGUGAACAAUCUCAUGCAUGUUCACUUUGGCCAAAGAGGUGUAGCAUGUAUUGCUCCCCUGUGCCAUUUGAUUCCGUAUCUAACUUUCUCGUUUCACCCACCCUAUCCUGUUCUCGUUGCCCUGUUUGUUCUCGUAGGCAUGGGCAAUGGCUUAGCAGACGCUGCUUGGUGUUCCUUCAUAGGGCAAAUGGCGAACUCGCAUGAAAUGUCCGGCAUUUUGCAAGCCUGCUACGCUCUUGGAGCAACCAUAGCUCCCCUAAUAGCUACUGCUCUCUCUGCGGAAGGUCAACCAGGCUGGUUUGCGUUCUACUACGUCAUGGCUGCGGCCUCGGUGGUUGAGUUUGUCACUCUCACUGCUACAUUCUGGACUCAGACAGGCGCUGUGUACUUGUCCGAGAACCCCACCGAGUCUGGAGGCAAGUCAGGCCGGACCCGCCAAGCUUUGAAGAAUAAACUAUCGUGGAUCUUCGCAUUCUUUGUCUUCGGGUACUGCGGUGCUGAAGUUGCACUCGGCGGAUGGAUAGUUGUCUUCAUGACUCGCAUUCGCGGCGCCACCUCGGUCACUGGCGGAGCAGUAGCAACCGGCUUCUGGGGCGGCAUGACGGCUGGCCGUCUCUUUUUGUCUUCGGUAACGAUUCGCCUUGGAGAAUUCUGGGCCAUGUUUCUUUAUCUCGGUGUGACUAUUGUGCUAGAACUCAUCUUCUGGCUGGUGCCCAAUCUUGUCGUGAGCGCAGUGGCAGCAGCACUAAUUGGUGUGGCCAUGGGCCCAAUGUAUCCUGUGGCAGUGGUUCUCAUCACCAAAGUUAUGCCUCGCUCGCUUCAUGUCGGCACCAUUGGGUUCGCCGCCGCUUUUGGUGGAUCAGGAGGAGCUAUCUUGCCAUUUGCGGUUGGAGCUAUAGCACAGGCAAAAGGUGUGCAAACUCUUCAGCCAAUUGUGCUUGCCAUCUGUGUCGUUCUCGGCCUUUUGUGGAUAUUACUUCCUCGACAGCCAAGACAAAACAAGGACACAAGCGGAGAAGAGAGUUCGAGCCCUGCGGGCGACAACUAG